CUCUCUCUCUCUCUCUCUCUCUCUCUCUCUCUCUCUCUCUCUCUCUCUCUCAUGCAUGUGUUUUGUGUUAUCUCAGCAACAAAAAUUGAAGAAAUUAAACACUAAGAUAAUUAAUUUGGAGGGAAAAUAUAUAGAGAAAUAGAGGAGUGAGAUCAUGGGGAGGGGCAAGAUUGAGAUCAAGAGGAUCGAGAACACGACGAACCGCCAAGUGACUUUCUGCAAGCGGCGGAACGGGCUGCUGAAGAAAGCGUACGAGCUCUCCGUUCUCUGCGAUGCCGAGGUCGCGCUCAUCGUCUUCUCAAGCCGCGGCCGCCUCUACGAGUAUUCGAACAACAGCACAAAAUCAAUCAUUGAGAGGUACAAGAAGGCUUCUGAUAAAUCCAACUCAGGUCCAGUUAUAGAAGUCAAUUCUCAACAAUACUACCUGCAAGAAGCUGCGAAACUGCGUCAUCAGAUUCAAAUACUGCAGAAUGCGAACCGGCACUUAAUGGGUGAUUCUUUGAGUUCUUUGACUGUGAAGGAGCUCAAGCAACUCGAGAACCGCCUCGAAAGAGGCAUCACAAGGAUCAGAUCUAAGAAGCAUGAGUUGCUGUUCGCAGAAAUCGAACACAUGCAGAAAAGGGAAUUGGAGCUUCAACAUGACAACAUGCAUCUCAGAGCUAAGGUUGUGGAAAAUCAGAGAGCACAAGAAUCAGGUAUGCAGCAACCUGCGAACGAGUUCGACGCGCUCGCACCGGUCGAUUUGAACGCUUUUUACCGCGUCGGCAUUUUAGAGACCGCACCGAACGUUUUGGAACGUCGCGACCGAACUGCGCUGCAACUCAGGUGCGAGUCUAAGCCUGAUUCAACUGCAUGAAAAGUGCUCCUUCAAGUAUGAAAGAACUCUGGUUGAUUAUCAUAAAUCUACGUAAUUAAGUUUGGUGAUU